UAAGAGCAUGAUAGAUGCCGAUUAAGUACAAAACCAAUACAUGCGAUCGAUAGUAUCAAGAGAUAAGAAGCUUUCAAACCUCCAUUGAACGGAAAUCAGUCUCUAUCUCAAACCGAUCCUCCUGCGGGGAAUAUCUUCAACAAAGCACACUCGAACCCCAGAGCCAGAACAAUCCAAGCCGAAAGGACGCUCCUUUAUCAUGUCAGAUAAGUUGACUCGAAUUGCGAUUGUCAAUAGUGACAAAUGCAAACCAAAGAAAUGCCGCCAGGAGUGCAAAAAGUCCUGCCCUGUUGUGAGGACAGGGAAAUUGUGCAUUGAAGUUACACCAGAAUCGAAAAUUGCUUUCAUAUCGGAGAGGCUAUGCAUAGGAUGCGGUAUCUGUCCAAAAAAAUGUCCCUUCGGUGCCAUCCACAUUAUCAAUCUCCCCACAAACCUUGAGACUCAGGUAACGCACCGCUAUUCAGCCAACAGCUUUAAGCUUCACCGGUUACCUAUGCCACGCCCCGGGCAAGUCCUUGGUUUAGUCGGAACAAAUGGUAUUGGGAAAAGCACUGCACUUAAGAUUCUUAGUGGGAAGCUGAAACCCAACCUUGGCCGGUACGACAAUCCUCCUGAUUGGGAGGAAAUUUUGAAAUAUUUCCGUGGUUCAGAACUACAGAAUUACUUUACAAAGGUCCUUGAAGAUGAUCUUAAAGCUGUCGUGAAGCCCCAAUAUGUUGACCAAAUCCCUAAAGCCGUUAAAGGACCUGUAAGAUCUGUAGCCCCUCUAAUCAAGGCGCGGUCUCAAAUGGAUAAUAUGGAACACAUUAUGGAAGUUUUAGAACUUAACCAGGUUAAAGACCGUGAUAUUAGUUUAUUAUCCGGUGGAGAACUACAGCGUUUUGCAAUUGCCCUUGUGUGUGUUCAGCAAGCAGAUGUUUACAUGUUCGACGAGCCGUCCUCAUACUUGGAUGUGAAACAGCGUCUAAGCGCGGCUCGGACCAUCCGAGAAUUGUUACGACCCGAUGACUAUGUCAUUGUCGUGGAACACGAUUUGUCGGUCCUUGAUUACCUGUCCGAUUUUAUCUGCGUUCUUUACGGCCGCCCAGCCGUUUAUGGCGUUGUAACGUUGCCUGCAUCGGUCCGCGAGGGUAUAAACAUCUUCUUGGAUGGGCAUAUCCCCACUGAAAAUCUUCGCUUUCGAGAGGAAUCUUUGACCUUUCGAAUUGCGGAAGCUGGUGAUGAUUUCAUUGUCGAUCAAGGCAGGGCUUUUAGUUAUCCCGCGAUGGAGAAAAGUCUCGGCUCUUUUCAUCUCAGCAUCGAAGCUGGCAGAUUUACGAAUUCUGAAAUUGUCGUCAUGAUGGGAGAAAAUGGAACAGGUAAAACCACAUUUUGCAAAAUGUUAGCUGGAGUGGAGAAACCCGACGGUGGCAAGGCUGUUCCCGCAAUGAAUAUUAGUAUGAAGCCUCAGAAAAUCACGCCCAAGUUUCAAGGAACCGUUCGCCAAUUAUUUUUUAAACGCAUCAAGGCGGCGUUCCUCUCUCCCCAGUUCCAGACAGACGUUUAUAAGCCUCUCAAAAUCGAUGAUUUUAUCGAUCAGGAGGUCCAAAAUCUCUCUGGUGGAGAACUUCAGCGAGUUGCUAUCGUUUUGGCCUUGGGAAUACCCGCGGAUAUCUAUCUGAUUGACGAGCCAAGUGCGUAUCUCGACUCGGAGCAACGUAUUGUUGCAGCUCGCGUCAUCAAGCGCUUCAUUAUGCAUACCAAGAAGACCGCAUUUAUUGUCGAACACGAUUUCAUUAUGGCUACUUAUCUUGCUGAUCGAGUUAUUGUUUUCGACGGGAAACCAUCAAUAGAUGCAAGAGCAAAUAAGCCUGAAUCACUCCUAACAGGUUGCAACAGGUUCUUAAAGAACCUGGAUGUGACUUUCCGGCGUGAUCCUAACAGCUAUCGGCCAAGAAUCAAUAAAGACAAGAGCCAGCUGGAUCAGGAACAAAAGUUGAGCGGAAAUUAUUUCUUCCUCGAAGAGGAGAGUUAACAUGAGGGACACCGCAGAAUUUAGUGGAGCUGGGAGCCAAAUAACUACACGAAAAUCACCAAAUGUUCCGUGCCAGAAAUCCUUGACUGACAUAUGCUUUUUGAGAUUGAAGCAACUCUGCUACUUUGUCAGCUACUUGGUGCUAAAAUAGAUAUCCGGACA